AUGGAGGCUAGCCAAUCUGAUCCUCGUCUUGUCCAAAUUUCCCCCGAGGACAUCGAGGCUGCAUCCUCAGACCUGUUCACAGAAGAUUCAUCCUCUUUUCUCCAGGGUGGUUAUCUUCGGGGUUUUCAGCAACGCUCAGAGCAUUAUGACUACGACGCAGACCUGGAAUCUGCAGCUGAGAUCGAACCCCGGGCUCGACGAAAGCGUACGAGAGCUCCUGCCCUAGUUUGCCAUGACUCACCAUCUGAGGACAACAAUUCAGUCACUACACCUUCUUCCUCUGGAUUGUCUUUUUGCCUUGGAGAUUUGAAUAUCAUUGCAGACGACCCAAGUGAUGCGGAUGAUCAGGCCAUCGAUAGUACCUCGGAGUCUGAUCACCCCCAUUCAACAGAAGAAGACAACCAAGAGAUUGACGCCACAGUUACGAUUGAGCCAAGCUUUAGCGAGUCGAUUAUUGACUUUUUUUGCAAGAUGAUGUUCGUAUCUGGAGAAACUGCUGAACCUUCAAUCGACACAACCACCCUGAUCGAAGAUAUCACCCGUCAGCAAGUCCUGGAAAUCUUGGGCCGCAGCACUCAACUGGCUACUCGUCGAGGAUCACGCUCUAUCUCAACUGACGAUCUUAUUUUUCUGAUUCGCCACGACAAAGCCAAGGUCUCUCGUCUCCGUACUUUCCUGUCUUGGAAGGACGUCCGCAAGAAUGUCAAGGACUCUGACGACAAGGGCGGUGCCGAUGCUGCUGACUUUGCCGCUGCUGACGACGCGGCUGGUGUCGUUGCAGGCCCGCAGGAUGUAGCCGCUAAGCCUAAGAACAAGCGCGCCAAGGUCGGACUUGCGUGGGACGUUCAUAGCUACUUCUCGGUACAGAUUCCUGAGCGUGAUGAUGAAGAGGAUGAGGAGGAGGAGGAACAGAACUACGCGACCCUCCAGCGUCUGGCUGCAGCCGAUGAGCGCACCAAACACAUGACGCGAGAGGAGUAUGUCUUCUGGUCCGAAUGCCGCCAAGCAUCGUUCACCUACCGCAAGAGCAAGCGUUUCCGCGAGUGGGCCGGGUUCGGUAUCGUAACCGAGUCCAAGCCAAACGACGACAUUGUCGACAUCCUCGGAUUCCUGACCUUCGAGAUUGUGCAGACUCUGACCGAAGAGGCGCUGAAGGUCAAAGAACGUGAGGAUCACGAGAAGAACCGCGGCGGCUCUGAGACCACCGGCGAGAACGCAAAGAAGCGCAAGCGCGAAACUAGCCUCUUUGACCCUCCUGAGGAAGGUCACACGCCAAUUGAGCCCCGUCAUAUCCGGGAGGCCUACCGCAAGCUCCAGGCGACACCGCAGAAGGCUGUGGCUAUGCUACUUCACAAUGGCCGUGUGCCUGCCCGUUUGCCCCUUCGAUUGAUCUAA